GUGACUGGCGUGACGAUGAAAAUGAGGUUUAGUAAGCUGAAAUAUUUGAUAGAACUUGUGAAGUGAGUCCAAUUGAUUCCAAAUGGCUUCCUGCCCCAUCUCCAUUGCGAGCGAGAUGUUAUUUUACUCAUGGGCAAAAUGCUUUAUGCACCGCCAGCUUACAGAAGAUGGAAUUGACCUCGAAGACGUUCGAAAAUCGUCAGCAUGGUUUCUUGAAGAGCACUUCAGUCUUGUUCCUUCUUCAUUCUCUCUAUUUUUUCCUUUUAUUUUUUCCCAACUUCUCCGCGGCAUACUUGUACCAACAGCUCCUCAAAAAUGCGGGCGGCUUGUUUGUGCCCAUUUGCUAUACCUAGUAAUAAUCCCUCCGCUUUGCCAAAAGGUGGGGAAAGUUUGCAUUUGCAAUAGGUACGUAGUUCAGGAUUUCUAAGCAAGCGUAACAUUUGUGCGUAUCAUAUUGACGCAUUACUAUUUGAUGGAAAAUAAAUAGUAUAUAUAGAAGGGGGUGCGGUAGUAAGCAAUCGCAACUCAUACUUAUCAAAUAAAACAAAUCAAUAGUCUUUUUCUUUUUCCAAAAUGGGCAUCCCGACCGACAUCACGCUCUACACGGCUGGCACGCCGAAUGGCAUCAAGGUGUCCAUCUUGCUGGAGGAGCUGGGCCUGGAGUACAAGGUCCAUCCGAUUAAAAUGAGCACCAAUGAGCAGAAGGAGCCGUGGUUCCUCGCCAUCAACCCCAACGGCCGCAUCCCCGCCAUCACGGACAAGUGGACGGACGGCUCCGACAUCCGCGUGUUUGAGAGCGGCGCCAUUUUGCAGUAUCUCGUGGAGCGCUAUGACAAGGAGCACAAGGUUUCGUAUCCGAGGGAGGCGAAGGAGACGUGGGAGGUGAAUAGCUGGCUUCACUGGCAGAUGGGCGGCUUGGGUCCCAUGCAGGGCCAGGCGAACCACUUCAACAGAUAUGCGCCUGAAAAGAUCCAGUACGGCAUCAACCGCUACGUCAACGAGACUCGCCGCCUCUACGGCGUCAUGGAGGCGCAGCUCGCGAAGUCGUCGUCGGGCUUCCUCGUCGGCGACCGCCUUACUGUUGCUGAUGUUGCGGCCUGGGGAUGGGUAGCCUCUCACGCCUACGCUGGUGUCUCGCUGGACGAAUUCCCGCACGUCGACAAGUGGCUGCACACGCUCCUCCAGCGGCCCGGCUUUGAAAAGGGCCGCAACGUGCCGGACAAGCACACGGCGUUUGAGACGGCCAAGCUGACGUCUGAGGAGAUGGAUAAGAUGGCGGAGGCGUCGAGGGCGUGGAUCCAGAAGGGCAUGCAGGAGGAUGCAAAGAAAUGAGUGUGACUUUGAGAAAUGCCAUUAGUGGCGAUGGAAAUGCACCACUGAUAUGAGAAAUGAAAUCAACUGUUUUAUACAUUUUUUUUUUUUUUUUGCUGCAAGCUGUGUAACAUGUUGAGGUUUAUG